CAAUUCUUAAUUAAAUGUUUACAAUGAGAUAAAAUUCUUGCAAGUAAUGUGAUAAUAAUAUUCUUCCUUAAUAUAUCUCACAGUAUUCUCAUGCCAGUUAAUAAACUACUCAUUUCUUAGCGGGCAUUUGUGGACUCUUAACUGCCUUAUUUAUAUGUAAUUAUUGUAGUUUUUAGUGCAGUUUAAAGGUUUAAUUGCAAUAAUAAUGUAGACAUAAGUGUGUUUAUAGAUUUUCGCUAUCACAUGCGCUCAGUUUUAAUGAAUUACCUAGGGAUCACAGUCGUAUAGGAACUAGCUACUAAAUAAUUUUUAUUAAUUUUACGGAGCCUUAUUUUUUCUCAAUUGUGACUAAAGUUUAUUAAGAUUUAAUUAUGUAUCCCAGUGCAGAUAAUGAGGAUGGAGUCAAAGACCCGAUGGAGAUUCUUGAAGACGCUUUGGUGCUGUGCACAUUCGGGCGAUUUCACAUAAGACUUCUAUUGACCACAAUGGCGGCUAGCUGUGCUUCUAUGAUAGUGACCACAACCACCUCUUACAUUGUGCCUAACGCUGAAUGUGACCUCAACAUGACGAUCAUAGAGAAGGGACUGUUAACCUCCAUGCCGUUCUUUGGUCAAGUCAGCUGUUCAUUAAUAGCGGGUUUCGUAACAGACGCGUUUGGUAGAAAAAGGUUCCUGGUUGGUGGCUUUUUCGGCAUAUUUAUAUGUGCUGUUAUUGAGGGUUCCAGUCAAACUUUUUGGAUGUUGGCUAUAGCCAAACUCCUUGCUGGUGUUUGUUCAUGUUUUUGCUUCACAAUCCCAGUUGUACUGUUAUCAGAGCUGGUGCACAAACAUGUUAGAGAUAGAGUAUUACUAAUAAACGCUUCGUUUAUGUCAAUUUCCUUGAUAACGAUAGCUUUUAUAUCGUGGGGUUUGCUACCUUUGCAACUGGACAUAACGGUUAUAGAAGGAUAUUUUGUGUUGCAUUCAUGGAAUAUAUAUUUAUAUGUUUGUUCAAUAUUCAGCUUAAUAGCUGCAAUAUCAUAUUAUUACUUGCCGGAGAGUCCGAAAUUUUUACUUUCACAUGGUCAAGAAAACAAGGCACUAGAAAUAAUGAAAGACAUAUACCAGAGCAACACGAGAAACCAUAGAGACACUUUUCCGAUUACUUCACUUAAUGCAUCAGGAAGUUAUGUUCCAACAACCAAGGAUACUUUUAAGAGACAGAUAGUUAAUGCACUGCUAGAAGUCAAGAAUCUGUUCAGGCCGCCUCUGCGCGGGAGGCUUUGUUUAUUCUGUAUAAUAACCUUUGUAUGUUUAUUGGCGUAUAGCUCUUUGAGAAUGUGGUAUCCCCAAAUAUCUACAAUGGUAGAGAACUAUCAGCAAACCCACAAUAGGACCGAUCGUUUUUGCGCCAUGAUAACUGAAUACACUCAAGAAAAAUUAAAUUAUGAACAAAAAAUCGAUGGUAUACUGAAUCCUCCGAUUGGUAGUAAUUUGACCGUUAGUGAAUUAGACGCGAAUGACACGGAAAUUUGCGUACCGCACAUCAGUGGUACCGAAACUUACACUAACGGAAUUCUCCUAGGUUUUGUUUCUUUUAUCGGCAUUGGCAUUAGCACGUACGUGGUCAAAUUCUUUGGGGUGAAACCUCUCAUGAUAUUUCUCCUGAUCAUAUGUGGCGCUUGUUCCGCGAGCCUAUAUUGGACAAAUUCUUUGAUAUCAAUGGCUAUUCUGAUCUCGACUACAUGUGGAUUUAUGCAAACAGCUAUGAGUCUAGAAUAUAACCUGCUCAUGAGAGCGUUUCCAACGACCUUACGAACCCUGUCAGUUUCAAUAAUCACAAUGAUUGGAAGAAUUGGGUCAUUGCUCGGCAGCAUUUUGUUUCCAGUUAUGUUGACUUACGGCUGUAUGACACCUUUCAUCGCGUUAUCAGUCUUGUCAUUAGCUAUCACCAGUUUAGUUUACUUCCUGCCUAGUCCGAGUGAUAAAAACCACACUGGAGAUAAAUAAAAACGAAGAAAAACAAACAAGUGUUUAAUUUUCAU